AAAGUUACCAUGGCAACGCGUGCCGAGGCUCUGAACCAAAAGCCUGGGGACCGCCCCUAGCAACCGCUGUGCGACGUUAGCAACCAGCAGAGCAACAUGGCGGAGGAAGGAGAAAGAAUCGUCAGACCCAAACGGAUCUUCAUCAACAACUUAGAUUCUUACGCCGCCCGGAACAUAGGCAAGUACCUGUCCACGUGUGUGGCUGGAGCGUCCCUUGAAGAAGCAGAAGAAGGAGCCGAGGAAGAGGAAGCCCAGUCAGUCCAAGAAGCUUCGGGAGACAGUAACGCCGGGCAGGGGCUCUUCCAGAUUGUAGGGACCCUGUCCAAUUCUUCUGGAAAGAAGCCGAAUUUCUCAGUGGAAGCUUACGUGGUCUCCGGUAGAGAUGAACUAUUAAAUCAUCUGCUGGAGAGUGAUGUCAUCAUCUACAACGUCACGGAGGAGCCGGCUCAGAUCGAGGAAGCGUCAUGGGCCGUGUCCGCACUUCACACCGAGAUUGAAAACUUCCAGAGCCAAAAACUGUUCGUAUUAAUAUCGACGGUCAUGACCUGGGCGCGGAGCAAGCCCCUCGAUCCGGAUGAUCCUGAAAUUCCUUUCACUGAAGACGAUUAUCGGAGACGGAAGUGUCACUUAAACUUUAAAGAUCACAUGAGUGUAGAAAAGCUGGUGAUUAAGAUGGGGAAAUCUAACAAGGGGAAAUUUUCAACAUAUGUCAUUGCAUCUGGGGUGCCUUAUGGAGCGGAGGAAGGCGUUCUUCAUGCAAUUUUUAAGGAGGCCUGGAUGGGGGAAUCGCCUGCAUUAUCCAUCUAUGGAGACGGACAGAACAUCACCCCAAUGAUUCAUAUUGCUGAUUUAGGCAGUGUGGUACAAAACAUAGUGGACCGGAGGCCGAGGACUCACUACCUGGUGGCAGUGGAUGAAGCCGUGCACACGCUGGAGGAGGUCGUCAAGUGUAUCAGCCGUCACCUGGGGCCCGGAAAAUCACAAAGAGUAUCAAAGGAGGCGGCGUUCCUGAACAAAGAGCUGACGCAACUGGACAUUGACCAUUUACUGGUGAACCUGAGGAUGGAGGCCGUGUUCUUAAAGGAGAACUUCAAUAUUAACUGGGUGUCUCAGGCCGGGAUUGUGGAGAACAUUGCUUCCGUCAUCAAGGAAUAUAAGCAGAGUCGAGGUUUACUGCCUAUACGUAUCUGCAUUCUCGGCCCCCCUGCGGUGGGAAAGACAACAGUCUCAGAGUUACUGUGCAAGCACUACAAACUGCAUCACAUCCACAUAAAGGAGGUCAUCACGGAGGCCAUCGACAACCUGGAACGUUUGGUGAAAUCUCCCCCAGAAGAAGAGGAGGAGGAGGAGGCAGAGGAAGGCCCGGAAGCCUGGCAGGAACUACUGGAUUCUGUGAAAGAGAACAUGGAGCAAAAUGGAGGGCGCCUGGAUGACAGCUACGUGAUCCGUUUCAUGAGAGAAAAACUGAAAUCUAUGCCUUGUCAGAACCAGGGUUAUGUCCUGGAUGGAUAUCCUAAGACCUACGAACAAGCCAAGGACCUUUUUACCUCAGAAGAAGGUGAAGAAGAGGAGGAGAGCAGGAGUAAGGCACCACGCGUCGAUAAAACCAUCACCCCAGAUUAUGUUAUUUCAUUGGACGCGUCUGACAACUUCCUUAAAAACCGGGUGAUUAACCUACCCGAGAGUGUAGUUGCUGGGACGCAUUACGCUCAGGAUCGUUUCCUGCGAGCUCUCGCCACGUUUCGUGAAUUAAACACUGAAGACGAAACCGUUCUGAACUAUUUCGAUGAAGCUGAAAUUCACCCCCUGCAUAUAGAUGUUUCUAAAGACGAUGAUCCUCAAUACAGAGAUGUUACAAAGCAAAUUACCAAGGAGGUCGGGGAACCUCGGAACUAUGGCCUGACACCCGAAGAGUUAGCAGAGCUGGAGCUGAAACAGGCAGAGGCAAGUCUUGCUCGGGAGGCAGAAAGAAAGGCUGAAUUAGAAAGGAUGGAGUCUGAAGAGGAAGCUGAGAAGAUUGCCCGAUGGGAGGAGUGGAACAGUCGCCUUGAAGAGGUAAAACGUCAAGAGCACGAGAUGCUGGAAGCCCAGUCAGUCCCCUUAAGGAAUUACCUAAUGAAGAACGUCAUGCCGACUCUGAUACAGGGGCUGAAUGAGUGCAGCAAAGUCAGACCGGACGACCCCGUAGAUUAUCUGGCAGAAUAUCUGUUCAAGCACAAUCCUCAGAUAGAAUGAAGAUUAUGUAAGAGCUGUCUGUUCAAUUAAAACCUGUGGAAUACGUG